AUGUUCGUCCUGAAGCACCUCCGGAAUUUUCAUCAGUAUGACAAGAGCGGCACAGGGACCAUCUCCAUCCCUGAGAUGAAGGCGGUUUUGAGAACCACCACCAUCGGCCUGACAGAAAGAGACCUGAAGAGUGUGCUCAAGCAGGUGGACGCGGACGGAGAUGGAGCUGUGAGUUUCCCGGAGUACCUGCGUUUGGCUCAGAAGUUGGCAGAAAUGCAGAACAAGACCAAGGGCAAGAGCUCUCGGAUACCGCGGCUGUACCUGGAGCCUGCAGCUCUUGAGCAGUACACAGACCUCUUUGAGGGUGCAGCCGGGGAGGACGGUGCCGUCAGCCUCAGCCAGCUUCAGGAGUUCUUGCAGCAGCACAAGAUGACGAUAAGCGAAGAGCGCUUGACAAGCAUCAUGAAGGAGGUAGAUGAUGAUGACAGCGGCGUGCUAGAGCUCGAUGAAUUUCUUAUUCUACUCAUCAAGGCUUUGGGCAUCAAGAAAAGAAAGGUAGGCCCAGAACAGAAUCCAGCUUCUCAGCUUCGCCAAGAGGGCAUAGCUGGCCAUCAGGACAUGUUUGAUUGCGCUUUGGCGUGGCUGUGUCCGAACUGCUUGCAGCAGGCCUCGUGGCGAGAGAAUCAGACAGCGAUUGCUAGCACCAUGCUGGGCAAAGGAACGGCUGAUGAGAAGAGUCUGGCUGCCAAGCCAGAAGCAGCCGUUUCCGCUCAGGUGAUUGACAUGUUUGUCUCGGAUAGCUGGCAAGUCGUGCUUGACGGACGCCACUUCGAGAGGUUCCGAGCUGGCAACAGAGGUACUGUACUCGACGUCGAUCGCGAGUCUGGAUGCUGCCGGGUCGCUUUCGACGAAAGCCCUGGCGUGCUCAGCUGA